UCAAUUCAGACCCUCAUUGGUCGCUUACUCGGUCUAACUAGUACAUUUGUACAUACUUACAUCUGACUAUCUGCGUCGGUGCCCCGCCAAUUCCGACAGCAUGCCUUCCCUCGAGAACCCCACCUUCCAAAGUGAGGCUCGGUUGCUCCUCGUCUCCAAUCGGCUUCCAAUCACCAUCAAGCGAUCGGAUGAUGGUCGCUAUGACUUCUCCAUGUCCUCCGGUGGCCUGGUCAGCGGAUUGAGUGGCCUGUCCAAGUCCACGACUUUCCAAUGGUACGGCUGGCCCGGUUUAGAGGUCCCGGAGGAGGAGAUUCCCGUCGUGAAGCAACGCCUGAAGCAGGAGUAUAACGCCGUGCCAGUGUUCAUUGAUGAUGAGCUGGCAGAUCGUCACUACAAUGGCUUCUCUAACUCUAUUCUCUGGCCCCUCUUCCAUUACCAUCCCGGUGAGAUUACCUUUGACGAGUCCGCCUGGGAGGCAUACAAGGAGGCCAACCGCCUCUUUGCCAAAGCGGUUGCGAAGGAAGUUCAAGAUGGCGACUUGAUUUGGGUGCAUGAUUACCACUUGAUGCUCCUUCCCGAGAUGCUGCGCGAGGAGAUCGGCCAGAGCAAGGAAAAUGUCAAAAUUGGCUUCUUCCUCCACACGCCCUUCCCUAGCAGCGAAAUCUACAGAAUCCUCCCAGUGCGGAACGAGUUGUUGCUCGGUGUUCUGCAUUGCGACCUGAUCGGGUUCCAUACCUACGACUACACUAGGCACUUCUUGAGUGCUUGCUCGCGACUCUUGGGCUUAACGACUACACCUAAUGGGAUUGAGUUCCAGGGCAAGAUCAUUGCUUGCGGUGCCUUCCCUAUUGGCAUCGACCCGGAGAAGUUUGAAGAGGGGUUGAAGAAGGAGAAGGUCCAGAAACGCAUUGCGAUGCUGGAACAAAAAUUCCAGGGCGUGAAGCUCAUGGUGGGCGUCGACCGCCUGGAUUACAUCAAGGGUGUUCCCCAAAAAUUGCAUGCCCUCGAGGUGUUCCUCAGCGAUCAUCCGGAGUGGGUGGGCAAGGUUGUCCUGGUUCAGGUUGCUGUUCCUAGCCGACAAGAUGUGGAAGAAUACCAGAACUUGAGGGCUGUUGUGAAUGAGCUGGUGGGCCGGAUCAACGGCAAAUUUGGCACGGUUGAAUUUAUGCCUAUCCAUUUCCUGCACAAGUCGGUCAAUUUUGACGAGCUAAUUGCUCUGUACGCGGUUUCCGACGCCUGCAUUGUUUCGUCGACCCGCGACGGAAUGAACCUCGUGGCCUAUGAGUACAUCGCCACGCAGAAGAAGCGUCAUGGUGUCUUGGUGCUUUCCGAGUUCGCGGGUGCCGCUCAGAGCCUGAACGGCAGUAUCAUUAUCAACCCGUGGAACACCGAAGAGCUGGCGGGUGCUUAUCAGGAAGCGGUAACCAUGAGCGACGAGCAGAGAGCCCUCAACUUCUCCAAGCUCGACAAAUAUGUUAAUAAAUAUACAAGUGCAUUCUGGGGCCAGUCCUUCGUGACCGAACUGACUCGCAUCUCGGAGCAUUCAGCGGAGAAGUUCCAUGCUAAGAAGGCUUCUUUCAGCGACAACAACUCCGAGAACGGGGAACCUUCUAACGGUGUAGAUACCCCGGACCAGGAGCAAGUGGCACAGUGAGCUUGGUGCCUCCGCUUUGUAUGAUUGUUUACGGCCGAGGAUCCAUUGAAUAUGGCGAUGCGUGCAUGAUUGAUUUAAGACGUCUAUUUUACUGGUAUAUGAG